CCAUCUCCAGCUGGUUUUUGCAGCAGUGGCCCCUGGAGACUCAGCUCUGGCCUCUCCUGAGCCCAGGAUCUCACCAUGGACCUCUUGCUGCUGCUGCUGCCAUCUCUUCUCUGGAGAGGACUCAGCUCUGGCCUAUCCCGAGCCCAAGAUCUCAUCAUGGACCUCUUGUUGCUGCUGCUGCUGCUGCCUCUGCUCUGGAGAGGAACCAUUUCUCAAAAUACAGACUAUGCGAUUCAUGUCCAGCAGACAGUGACCGUGCAGGAGGGGCUGUGUGUCUCCAUCCCCUGCUCCUUCUACUACCCCCAACAUAAUACAAAUUAUGAGAUAGUUCAUGGAUACUGGUACUAUAGUGGCUCUUUCAAGUAUCAUCUUGUGGCCACCAAUGAUCCCCAAGCAAGUGUUCACUCCUGGGCCCAAGGCCGUUUCCACCUCAUUGGAGAUCCCCAGAUGGGCAAUUGCUCCCUACGUCUUACUAGGGCCCAGAAAAAUGAUCAGGGGAGUUACGGUUUUUGGAUGAAGAAGAAGAAUUUGGAUUAUGGUUACACAAAGAAGAUGGUAUCUAUCCAGGUACACGAUCUAACACAGAAGCCAGAGGUCCACAUUCCAGAGAUCCUGGAGUCUGGGCACCAGGUGAACUUGACCUGCACAGUUCCUGGGGCCUGCCGAGAAGGGACAUCCAUCACUUUCCUCUGGACUGGGACUGCCCUCUCACCUUCUAGACUUGCCUCCCAAGAUCUCCACUCCUCUCAACUCCUCUUUACCCCCCAGCCCCAGGACCAUGACACCAGCCUCACCUGUCAGGUGAAAUUCAAAGAGCCCAGUGUGAGCACGAGGACCACAGUCCAGCUCAGGGUUUUCUCCCACAUUCAUCCCUCCAUUGCAGACCCUCCUUGGAAUAUGAAGAUCAGCAUUUCCUGGGCAAAUGGAAUAGACCCAGUAUUCCCAGCAAAUACAUCAUCUUUGGUGGUCCUAGAGGGUGAAUCCCUGACUCUCAUCUGCUACACACAAAGCAAGCCCCCUGCUGCACUGAGCUGGGCCCAUGGAAACCAAAUCCUGAAUUCUACCCAGGCCUCGGAUCCUGGAGUCCUGCACCUGGAGCUGUCCAAACUGAGGAGCCACAACAGCGGAGAAUACACCUGCCAAGCCAGGAACUCACUGGGGAAUCAGCACUACACAGUGAGACUCUGUGUCCAGACUCUAACACAGAAGCCAGAAGUUCACAUUCCAGAGAUCCUAGAGUCUGGACACCAGGUCACCUUGACCUGUUUGGUCCCUGGGACCUGCAGAGAGGGGAAACACUUUACCUACCUCUGGAGUGGCGCUGCCCUUUCCCCUAAGGGCUCUGCCCUGCUGAAUACCUCCAAACUCCUCUUCACCCCUCAGCCCCAGGAUCAUGGCACCAAUAUUACCUGCCAGGUGACAUUCCCAAAGGCUAGAGUGAGCACAGAGAGAACUGUCCAGCUUACGGUUACCUACCCUCCUCAGAACGUGACCAUCAGUGUUUCCUGGGCAAACAGAACAGGUCCAGAAUUACUGGGAAACACCUCAACCUUGCAGAUGCUGGAGGGUGAGUCCCUGACUCUGGUCUGUGCCACAAAAAGCAACCCCCCAGCCACCCUUAUCUGGUCCUACAAGAACCAAGUCCUGCGGUCCUCAGAGGCCUCAGACUCUGGCGUCCUGCACCUGGCGCUGUCCAAACUGAGACCCAAGGACAGAGGCAAAUACACCUGCCAGGCUCAGCACCCACUGGGACAUCAACAGCACUCCAUGAGCCUCUGUGUGCAAACCUGCUCUUGUUGCCCUAUCUCUGAGGAUGACGGUUCUUGGCCUCUGAUCUUCACCCUGCUUCGAGGAGCUGUCAUGGCGGCCAGUUUCCUUCUCACCUAUGGCCUCACCUGGCUCCAUUAUACUUGUCAAGUCAACUAGCCCCAGGACACUGUGGCUAAGAGGAAGCUGAUGGACAUUUACUCAGCCCCUCAGCCAUGUGGGACCCUAGAUAUGUCAAAGGCACAGAACUGCUCGAUAAAA